AUGUCACUGUUAAAUGAUUCAGCCAUAUCAACGCUUCUAUUUCGUAUUGAGAACCUCUUCGAUGGUCAGCCACUGACACAGAAGUAUUCUCAAACAAGUUCUUCUGAUUUUUCAUCAAAUCACAUUCUGCCCGAUGUAAGUCACGGCAACGAUCUUGUCGAUGAUCUCGAUCAAUAUUUAAACAAUACCGAGCGAUUCUCGGAUCAAAGCAGUACAUCGUCACCAGCGAUUUCGCCAUCAUCGGCUGCGUUAACACAACAAAUAAUACCAACAUCAUCAUCUCAAUUUCAGAUUGUCCUCAAUGCAUUAACUGCAUCGUCAGCACGAAUCAAUGAAGAAACGACAACCUAUUUAAAUCAAGGUCAGCCCUAUGAAAUAAAAUUCAGUGAAAAUAACUACUCGUCAUCCGGUGAAAAUCAUUCCUUACCAAUUGUAUAUCGAUCAAUAUUACGUUUAUGUUUUUGGGACAAAAAUUUACAAGCGCAAGAACGUGAAUUAGUACAAAAAUGGUUAAACGAAUAUCAAUUAUCGUCCUUAUUCGAUAUUGACAUGAAUUUAACUUACGGUGUUUUAUCCGUCAUAUGUUCUCGACAGAUACCGAAUGCAGUGGAAAUCGUUUGGGACACAUCGACGACUGCGUCUCUAUUCGUGCGAUUUAGAUGUACAUCGACUGAUUUCGCUCAGAAACGACACGGCGGAGAAAAAGGGAUACCAUUACGAAUUCAAAUCGAUACAUACCAUGAAAAUGAUGUUGCCGACGUCAAACAUUUACAUUCGUGUUGCUGUAAAAUUCAGUUGUUUCGUUUGAAAGGUGCACAGAGAAAGAAUAAAGCGGAUAAAAUGAGAAUCGACAAGUUAAAUCAAGAUCAACGUCGACGUUAUCAAAUAACAUCAGAAUAUACAAUUUUACAGCCAUGCGCUGCUUCGUCACUAUACACAUUGAAACUUCUCAGUUUAUCUCAUCCACCUGAUGAUCUGUCCGAUGUUUAUACUCAAUCGUCUAUUGCAGCAGAUAAUCUUGUCAUCACGAAACAAGAUAAUGACAAUUCCGAGUCGAAAUCUAAUCCUAAUUAUAGUACACAUCGUGAAUCUCUCUCACCAACGUUACCGACGGACGCCAAAUGUAUGUUUUCGAAGUGGCCAAAAGAGAAAACUGAUGUUCAAACCAAAAUAACUAUUCGAUCAUCGAAUGACGAUGUGUUGAAAUGGUUGGAAACCAAUUCGUUUUCAUCUGUUUUGAAUCGAUUUGAACAUUAUACUGGUAUUGAUCUUCUUCGUCUAACUUCAAAUGAAAUUCGUCGAAUAUGUAACGAUGAUGAUGCAAUAAGCAUCCGUCUGUAUAAUCUCUUACACGAAACAGUUGUUCCACCAGUACGAACCUUCUAUAUUAAAACAGGUCAUAGUGACAUAUAUUCAGCUGUUUAUUUACAUGCUCUGACACGUGAUGAUUUACAAGAAAAACUUUGUGAAUUAACACAACAACAACAAGCUUGUAAUAUGACACUUGAGUUUAACAAGAUUCAGAUUCAAAUCGAUAGUGAUAAUGUAGUGAAAUAUUCUAUGCCGGACCAAGGUCGUUACUUUUUGAAAAUUGUCUCACGUGAAUUUAUUCUCAGUUCAAUAAAUUCUUCGGAAUAA